UUUACGAGUUAAGUUAGUUUAACCAUGGGUGCAGACAGGCCUAAUGGUGUGGCCAAUUACUGUAGGAGACCGCCGCAGCGCCCUCUGUUGCAGAAAUUGCAGUACGCUAUAUGGAACCCUGAGGAAGGUACCUUUUUGGGUCGCACGCCGCACAGAUGGGGUGUAAUCGGGCUGAUCUACCUGGUGAUGUACAUCUGCAUCAUCAUCUUCUUCUCCAUCUGCAUGUGCGGGCUGCUGGCCACCAUGGACGAGCGUGAGCCUUACUUCCAGCUCGCUGACUCCAUCAUAGGAGCCAACCCCGGCAUGGGACAUCGUCCGCUGCUGUACGAGGAAGGGGCUCUCAUCUGGUACGAUGCCGACAAUGACACGCAGAUCAAGAGAUACGUCGAUAACAUCAACGAGUUUCUCGCACCAUACGAGAACAAAUCUCUCCUCGCCAACGGCGGAGUAAACCAGAUAGACUGUGGGACCGUAAAGCCUCCUCGGGCCGAAGUCUGCUCCUUCAGCACCGAUCAGCUCGGAGACUGCUCUGCUGCGAAUGGAUUCGGGUACAGCAAUAGGAUGCCGUGCCUCAUCAUCAAACUUAAUAGGAUAUACAACUGGAACCCCGAGUUCUUCGAUGACCCCAAUGAGCUGCCGCCAGACAUGCCUCCUGAUAUCACGAACUAUAUCAACUCCACUACCUCUCCUCGAGAACGUCGCAGAGUAUGGGUUUCGUGCAAAGGCGAGCGGCCGGCGGACGUCGAAGCUUUGGGUCCACUCCGUUACUUCCCGUACCCAGGCCUGGACGAGACCUUCUUCCCGUAUGACAAUACACCUGGAUAUCUCAGCCCGCUGGUGGCCGUGCAACUUCUUAAGCCGAAAUUGAACCAGAUCAUCAACAUCCGCUGCCGGGCCUGGGCCCACAACAUACAGUUCACCGAGAGCCUGAAGGAGCGUCUCGGCUCCACUCAUCUCGAGAUCAUGAUCGACUGAGACCCUGGAUAGCUAUACGAUGUCAUCGGAGACGUCAACAAAUUAUAUCAUCAUCAGUGGUGUAGCAUCAUCUA